AUGUCGUCCAAAGACGCCCACCUGUACGGCGCAAAACCAAAGAACCGCUCCAAGGCAAAGGACAUAUCCAGCUCGAGCUCCCUCGCCUUCUCGUCGACACUAUCUAAUCUCAUCAAAUUAUCCGCCACAGACACCAACAAGACGACUGCUGGCCGCGCACGACCGCAGAAGGAAGACAUCUUCAAAACACACAACAAAAAUGUCAAGAAGCGCGCGCUGAAAGAUCUCGAAGAUUCAGACUUCACGCAGAAGCACCGGACCCGCACAGCAGACGAGAAGGGCGAAGAUGAGGCAGCCUGGAAGCGCACCAAGCGGCGCAUGGAAGAAAAGGCACGUCUAUACGAUGCGCUAAAGCGAGGCGACGUCGAAGACCGCGACGACAAAUACGGCGUAGACUUCGAUCGCAAAUGGGCCGAGAAGCAGGAGAAAGGCGAGCCCGACGCAGCAUCUUCGUCCGAAUCAGAAGCCUCGGAAGAAGAAGAACAGGUCGAAUACGUCGACGAGUUCGGCCGCACGCGCAAAGGCACCCGCGCAGAAGCUGCCCGCGAGGAGCGCCGGAAACGAAACCUCGCAGCCGACGAGCCCGAUCGCUUCACGGCGCGCCCGUCGAUGCCGGAUAAUAUUAUAUACGGCGAUGCGGUGCAGUCGAAUGCCUUCAACCCCGAUGAAACCAUUUCGCAGGCUAUGGCGGAUCUUGCUGCGAAGCGCGACAAGGAGCUGACGCCACCACCGGAACUACAUUUCGAUGGAAGGGCAGAGGCACGGCAGCGCGGUACCGGGUUCAUGUACUUCUCCAAAGAUGAGGAGGAGCGGCAGGAGCAGAUUAGGAAUUUGGAGAAAGAGAGGCAGGAGACGGAUCGGGUUAGGAAGGAGCGCAAAGAGCAGAUUGAGAAGAGGAAGGAGAUGAUUCGGGAGAAGAAGAGGGCGAUACAAGAGAAGCGGAGUAAAGGGCAGGCGGAGAAGUUCUUGGACGAUCUUGGAGCGGAGCUGUUGAAAGACGGUGAUGAGGCUGAAGGCUCCAAGGCUGGCGAGGUAGGUGUUGAAGAGUCGAAAGGUGAGGCGUAA